GCUUUUCAUGGAAUUUCAGUGGUUUGUUUUAUCUGCUGCUUCAGGAUAUUUGGAUUGUAAAGGAGCUCUCGGCAUGGAAAGCGGAGCGAUCACUGACUUACAGCUAAGGGCUUCUUCAGAAUAUAACUCUCGGCACUCCGUUUUAAGUGGUAGACUAAACGUAGAGUACCAAGAAGGGGCGUGGUGUGCUGGAACCCAUGUUGACAACCAGUGGCUCCAGGUUGAUCUACUGAGCAGGCACAGAAUAACAGGAGUUGCCACGCAAGGAAGGACGGGAAGGCAUAGGCAGUGGGUGACAAAGUACAGGCUCCAGUACGGUGAUAAUGGAAUGAACUUUCAAUAUUACAUGGAGCAUGGAAAAACGACACACAAGGAAUUUGAUGGGAACACCGAUCAGGACACGGUAGUGGCACAUGACCUGAAUCCACCGAUCAGGGCACGUUAUAUCCGUUUCCGUCCGAAAACUCAUCAUGGCCACAUGUCCAUGAGGGCGGAGGUCUAUGGAUGCAAAGUUAAUUUUCAGUGGAUGUUCCAAUCCUAUGGAGGUGAAUAUUUGUUGGAUGAGUCGAAUCGCACCAGUUCCUCCGCUGUAGGGCGCGGUUUGCACGUGGCUGCUAAUACCCUCUUUGUGACUGACACGGGUCAUCUUGAGAUUGUCAAGACCGGCGAGGAUUUUUCCCCAAAUGGUGACGAAUUAGGUUUCUCCUUUUUGAUCAAACACAAAGGUCAUUUUUCUGUCUCAGUGCGUUCUAAAGGAGGACCUCAUCAUGAACCUCAUAUCUUGGUUAGUGGGAAGGAUUACAGUACUCACAAUGAAGGAAUAAACUUUGUUGUUGUGGAUUAUGAUUCAGGUGAUGUCCUCUUUGUCAGAGGCUUUGAAGAAACCGGAAACCCACAGCACAUUCCAGAGUUUAUCAAAAUGCUACCGGAUCGCGCUAUUGUGUUAUUAUCCAUGAAUACACAAGUCUUUCAACUUUCUCCUUUCUUCUCGAACAUCAGUCAGUUGGUAACAUACAUGGGAGGGAGUUUGGAAAGCGAUUCUCCUUAUCACUGGUACUGUUUAAUAGGGUUUCACGGAUUAGAAACCUUCCCUUGGAUCAAAGAACAGAAAAGUACUGUAGUUGGAGAAGCUUGUGAAAUUUCAAGUGUCAUUAGGUUACCAGUUUGUUCCAAGUCUCUGAGCAAGAUGGUAACUUAUUCAUCACUGGGGCUCGUAACUACGUACAGAGGAAGGCUUGGCCCAGACAAAAAACCAUAUUGUGCUUCAGAAUAUUUCAUGGCGUAUCUCCAAGUUGAUCUGAUUCUGAUCCAUACUGUGACGUACAUAGCCACACAAGGAAGUUUAAAGAAAUAUAGCUGGGUGACGUCAUAUUACUUGGAGUACAGCGGAGACGGUCGGCAAUGGAAUGAAUAUAAAGAGGCUGAUGGGAGUCGGAGAGUAUUUUUAGGAAACAGUGAUGCUAAUUCCAUUGUGCGCCGUCGACUUCUGUAUCCAAUCGAAACCCGUUUCUUGCGUAUAAGAAUGUUGAGCGCUCACAGUAAGCAAAGUGAUAAGAAAGGUUGUUUGAAAAUGGAUGUGUAUGGCUGUCUCAGAGGUAAGAAUUCCUACAUAGUUUGCCAUGCAAAAUCGCAGCCAUUGAUGAGGCAGCUAUUUCCAACAACUUGA